ACCUGCAGAACUGAAAUUCGUUCGCAUUCAUUAUAUAUUAUAUAUUUCGUGAAAAGGAAAUUCUCGAAAGAAAAUUGGAAGAGACAGGCUAUACAUUAUAGUACAUCGGGAAUGAAGUAUAAAAUUACGGUGGAAACCGGGAAUCUUGCUGGUGCUGGUGAUGUUUUUGCAUCUGUUGUAAUCAAGCUUAUUGGCAAAAAUGGUACCGAAACAUCAGAAUUUCGACUCCGCAAACAUUUUCACAUCGAUUUUAUGAGAGGAGAAACCGAUACUUAUGAUGUAGCCGGCGACGAUGUUGGAGAGAUUGCAAAGAUCUCUUUGAAAAAGCAUGAUAUCUUCGACAUAAAGAAUGACUGGUACUUGGAAAAAGUUCUUAUUGAGAAGGAGGAUGACAAAAGCAGCAGUUACACAUUCCCUUGCUAUCGCUGGAUCAUUAAAUCUGUGGUAGUUUACGAAGCAAAAGCGAUAUUGCCUAAUUCAAAAGAGAAUGUAACCACCUUAGCUAAACAGCGAGAAAAAGAAGUUAGUGAGAACAGAGAGCUGUACAAGUGGGGCUCUGAUCCAAGGUACACUAAGGACCUUCCUGGAUUUGUCGAAGCGAAGGACCCGUGGUCACUACCAGAAGACGUGCAGUUUACCGACGAAGCUACAGCGUCUCUUUUCGAAGUCGGCUUAGCAGACUUUGCGAAUCUGGGGUUGAGCAGUUUUUAUGACCUUUGGGAGUCAUGGAAUACCCUCGAUGAUUUCAGAACCCUCAUUACUCCCGCCAUCGAAUCGUGUCUUCCUGAUGCUGCAGAUUAUUGGAGAGAUGACGUGUGGUUCGGAUCACAGUUCCUCAACGGCUCAAACCCUGAAGUGAUCAGAAAGUGUAAAAAGCUGCCUCAAAAUUUUCCUGUCAAGAAUGAAAUGGUGAACAAUCUCCUUGAUCGGAGAUAUAACUUAAACCGAGCUAUCAACGAGGGCGUGAUUUUCAUCGUUGACUACAAAAUUCUUGAAGGCAUCUGCACAAUGAACAAACCAAAAGAUAAACGCUACAUAACAGCAGCUAUGGGGCUUUUCUAUUUGAGGAAGAAUGAUGACUUGGUACCUAUUGCCAUUCAAUUGGGGCAACAACCUGGAAAAGAAACUCCAAUUUGGACACCUCAAAAAGAUACGGGGUGGGAUUGGAUUAUGGCAAAACUAUGGCUCCGAUGUGCCGAUACACAGUAUCAUCAGAUGAUUACACAUCUUCUUCGGUGUCACUUAAUGAUGGAACCAACCGCUGUGGCCUCUUGGCGAAAUCUUCCCUCAGUUCAUCCUGUAUGGAAACUUUUGUAUCCCCACACGAAGGGAAUUAUGGCCAUCAACACGCUUGGGCGAAGCAAGUUGAUUCCACCCGGAGGUGUGGCGGACAAGGUGCUAAGCAUAGGAGGUGGCGGUCAUAUUGCUUUGAUGCAGAGGCACUACAGAAACGUCACAUUUGAAAGUUAUGAUCUAAAGAAGAACCUUACUGAACGGGGUGUCAAAGAUCUGAAGAAGUUUCACUACAAAAACGACGCUUUACUUCUCUGGGACGCCAUCCACCAGUUUGUACAAAAUAUUAUAUAUAUUUACUACAAAGAUGACAAAUCUGUCCAAAAGGAUAAUGAGAUUCAAGACUGGAUUCGUGAUCUUAAUACCAACGGCUACCCAUCUGGAGGUGAUAGUGUGGAUAAGAAAAUCCCCAGCACAUUUACAAAGCGUGAUGAGCUAAUCCACUUUUUGUGUAUCGUAAUUUUCACCUGCUCUUGUCAACAUGCCGCUGUUAAUUUCCCUCAAAUGGCAACCUACGGUUUCCAUCCUAAUUCUCCCAGCUUGAUGCGACAACCACCACCUACCACAAGAGGAAAGGUUGACAACAAUCUCAUCAUGGCUUCGUUGGCAAAUAAACACCAAGCAGGAACAAUGGUUACCGUUGUGAAAGCCUUAACUACCAUCUAUCCGACGGAGAAAUUUCUUGGUGACUUCUCUGACAGCUUGUUUGGCGAUGCUUCGGCACAAACCGCCAUAGCUAAUUUUCAGAGUGAGCUUGAAAAGAUUUCGCAAAAGAUUCAUGAGAGAAACAAAGGUAUGAUCAGUCUCUAUACAUGGCUUUCACCUGAUAAAGUCCCAAACAGCAUCGCUAUUUAAAUGGCAUAUAUAGCUACGAACAGUGCAUGCGUGGCAACCUAUUAAAUUAAACUUAGAGAGCCACGAACUGAUUUUUGUAUUUAAUUCAUUAAUGUAAUCGAUAGCUAUUAUAAAACUAUUAAUAAUUUGUGUAACGCAACUUCGAAAAUGAUCUUUUUAUCGUCUUGUCUAUACCGCUUUUACUAUACUGGUCUUUACUAUUCAUUGUAGUGAGCUCUAAUUCCACAGUUUCCUUAUCCGUAGAAAUUAUAGACUCCUUUCGAUAAAGAAAGUCAGAGCCGUAUGUAAACAAAUUAAUAAAA